CAUGACUAAAGUUUUUUCGUUAGGACAGAGCAAACACUAUUUAAUUUUCUAGACAUCCUUCCAAACUUUAUUCUUUUAGAGGAUUGAGUGAUCUACCAUAUGGAGGCUAUGGUAGUUUGCAGUGAUAAGAAUAUAGGAAUGGGGAUAACAAUUUGGGACAUGGAAAAUGGGGAUCGUCUUACACACAUACCUAGUUGUGCUUCACCGCCUCAUGGCCUUAUUUGCUUGAGAAACCAAUAUCUUGUUGCUUCUCAGGUUCAUAGAUCUGGUUCAAUACUUAGUGGUGGUGUCAUCUUCAAAUGGCCUUUAAAUAAGAUCACAAGUGGGAGGUUACUCAAGAACUGGUGCGCCCAUCAUACAUCCAUAAGUUGCUUGGUGUUUUCAAAGGACGAUUCCUUUCUUAUCUCUGGUACUGAAGAUGGCGUAAUUGCUGUUUGGUCAAUGAUUGGUUUGCUAGAUGAGAACAGUUGCGGAUUCGUACCUUCCCUUUUGAGUUAUUCAGCAGACCACAAGGGAAUCAUAACUGGUCUAUUACCUACUUCGAGCAAUGCAAAUUAUAAUGUUAUCUCGAGCUCACUUGAUGGAACUUGCAAGGUAUGGGAUGUGGUGACAGGAAAGCUUCUAAGCACCCAGGCAUUUCAACUGCCAAUAACUGCAAUUGUGCUUGAUGCACUUGAGACUAUUUUAUUCUCUGGAACUGAAAAUGGGACAAUUUUUGUGAACAAUUUUGAUGCCGGACUCGAUGAUCUUUUCCCCAACCCCAAUGGUCCGCAGGUGGUGCUUAAUGGGCACAAAAAAUCGAUAAGUGCAUUGGCAUUCUCUAGCUUGGGUCUCAUUUCUGCUUCUGAUGAUUGCACUGUUUGCCUUUGGGAUGUAGCUAAUUAUGUCAUUCUCCGAAGAUUCAACCAUUUCAAAGGGCCAAUAACCAAUGUGCUUGUAGUAUCCAAGUCCUCUCUAACAUCUUCAAAGAACAAUCAGAGAAACUCCACACAAUUUUCCAUUUCCUUGCUUGACAAAUAUCCUCAGCCUCCCAACUUAUGUAAAGGAAUGUUAACAACCUUGCCUUCAAAUUUUCACGCUCACCAACAAGAGAAUAGAAGCACAAAAUCUCUGAACUUUCAAAUACAUGAUUUAGAGAAAGGGAGAACACCAGAAGCUUUACAAAUGAAAGCAGAAACUAACAGAGCCAAUCAGAUGUGGGCUAUCAACAUGGCAAAGCAGACAAUGAAAUUCAACAAUACCUUACAGUGCUCAUACUUGGAUUUACUUCAUGGCAGGUUGCUACAACAUGCACAAGAAGAUUGA